UCAACCCCUCCGAACCUCAGCUGGCCCCAUCUAUUCAGUGCUAGUACUAGCUUAUGGGUGGUUGUGAAAAAAAGACAAGAGAUAUGCAGGUAGUGGCUGGCCCCAUAUGAGAUCCUGGGAGUGGACAAUUGCAGGAGAGGUGUUGGGAGUCUGGAGGCAGGGAGGUACUCAAUUUGGUGGCUGCUCUUCAGGGGCCCACCUCAGCAGGCCAAGGCAUAGUUGGAGGGACACCAGAUGCUCUGAGCUGGUAUCAGAUCCCUGUUUGGCGCUGGGCAAAGGCAGACAAGAGCAAAACACGAAGGCUGGCCAGCUGAAUGUUAGGAUAUGGGCAGGAGGAGAGGGCUGGAGUUGAAUUGUGCCCAGGACUGGUAUGGGGACUCCUAAGAACAGAGAGAGCAGGGGUGUAGCAGGGGGACAGGGAAGAAAUAAAUACUUCUUCUCUAAGCCUAAGCCAGUUUUACCCAGGAGAACAGGAGCUAUUCUCCCCACCCCAGGCCCCCAUCUGCUUUGAAGCUGCACCUGCUCUUAACUGCCAGGAAUCUUGCCUGUGGAGUGGAGUACAGGGUAUGCGGGUAUGAAGUAAGAACCUAGAGGAAGAGUCCCUACUACCUAAUAGAAAACCUGAGACCUAGGCAGGGCUCAGUGGCUCAUGCCUGUAAUCCCAGCACUUUGGGAAGCCAAGGUGGGUGGAUCACCUGAGGUUGGGAGUUCGAAACCAGCCUGGUCAACAUGGUGAAACCCCGAGUCUACUAAAAAUACAGAAAUCAGCUGGGCAUGGUGGCAGGAGCCUGUAUUCCCAGCUAUUUGGGAGGCCGAGGCAGGAGAAUCACUUGAACCUGGGAGGCAGAAUUUGCAGUGAGCUGAGAUCAUGCCAUUGCACUCCAGCCUGGGCAACAGGAGCAAAAACUCCGUCUCAAAAAAAAAAAGAAAAGAGAAAACCUGAGACCUGAGGCUUUCCCCCACCCCCACCCCAGUAAUGCCCUCUUGCCUUCCUCUCUCUAGAAAAUGUAAGUAUGAUUAUUCACCCCUCUGGUGCCUAGGACAGUGCCUGGCUAGCAUGCAGAGGUCCUCAGUAAAUAUUUGUCGAAGGCGUGAUUGGAGGAAUCCUUCUGUCUCCAUCUGGAGGUGUGGGGCUGAGGAGCUGAGGAGGACCUCUGAGAGCUUGGAGUUUCCCUGGGGAGGGUUGAGAGGCACUACAGGGAGGUGGGAGAGCCCAUGGAAGGUCUCAUGGUGCCCAGCUGCUUCUGUUUGUCUGAGUGGGGCCAGAAGCAAUGCUGCACCUGCGAGAGCUCCCCUGCUGAGACUCCCUGUUCUCUUAUCUCCCGAGCGACAGGGGUGGCUUUUUAUCUCCUGGGUGUGCUUCUGCUUCUUUGCUUGCAAGGCUUCUCAGAAUGGGGCCCCAUGAAGCCUGAGGGACUCUCUCCUGAUACGCCCUGUGCCACCUUUUUCAUUCUGGAUCCGCACCCAGGAGCCCGUGGACAAGGCCCUCUGCCUGAGCCUGAACUAGGAGCACCUCCUAGGGACUGCCCAGGCUUGCUGUGCUCUGACCCUUCUGCUGGCCAGUCUGGGCACCUGCAGGCCCCUGAGGGAGGGAGCUGUCAGCCAGGGAAAACCGAGAACACCAUCGCCAUGACAACCAGUCACCAGCCUCAGGACAGAUACAAAGCUGUCUGGCUUAUCUUCUUCAUGCUGGGUCUGGGAACGCUGCUCCCGUGGAAUUUUUUCAUAACGGCCACUCAGUAUUUCACAAACCGCCUGGACAUGUCCCAGAAUGUGUCCUUGGUCACUGCUGAACUGAGCAAGGACACCCAGGCGUCAGCCGCCCCUGCAGCACCCUUGCCUGAGCGGAACUCUCUCAGUGCCAUCUUCAACAAUGUCAUGACCCUAUGUGCCAUGCUGCCCCUGCUGUUAUUCACCUACCUCAACUCCUUCCUGCAUCAGAGGAUCCCCCAGUCCGUACGGAUCCUGGGCAGCCUGGUGGCCAUUCUGCUGGUGUUUCUGAUCACUGCCAUCCUGGUGAAGGUGCAGCUGGAUGCUCUGCCCUUCUUUGUCAUCACCAUGAUCAAGAUCGUGCUCAUUAAUUCGUUUGGUGCCAUCCUGCAGGGCAGCCUGUUUGGUCUGGCUGGACUUCUGCCUGCCAGCUACACAGCCCCCAUCAUGAGUGGCCAGGGCCUAGCAGGCUUCUUUGCCUCUGUGGCCAUGGUCUGCGCUAUUGCCAGUGGCUCGGAGCUAUCAGAAAGUGCCUUCAGCUACUUUAUCACAGCCUGUGCUGUUAUCAUUUUGACCAUCAUCUGUUACCUGGGCCUGCCCCGCCUGGAAUUCUACCGCUACUACCAGCAGCUCAAGCUUGAAGGACCCGGGGAGCAGGAGACCAAGUUGGACCUCAUUAGCAAAGGAGAGGAGCCAAGAGCAGGCAAAGAGGAGUCCGGAGUUUCAGUCUCCAACUCUCAGCCCACCAACGAAAGCCACUCUAUCAAAGCCAUCCUGAAAAAUAUCUCAGUCCUGGCCUUCUCUGUCUGCUUCAUCUUCACUAUCACCAUUGGGAUGUUUCCAGCCGUGACGGUUGAGGUCAAGCCCAGCAUCGCAGGCAGCAGCACCUGGGAACGUUACUUCAUUCCUGUGUCCUGUUUCUUGACUUUCAAUAUCUUUGACUGGUUGGGCCGGAGCCUCACAGCUGUAUUCAUGUGGCCUGGGAAGGACAGCCGCUGGCUGCCAAGCCUGGUGCUGGCCCGGCUGGUGUUUGUGCCGCUGCUGCUGCUGUGCAACAUCAAGCCCCGCCGCUACCUGACUGUGGUCUUCGAGCACGAUGCCUGGUUCAUCUUCUUCAUGGCCGCCUUUGCCUUCUCCAACGGCUACCUCGCUAGCCUCUGCAUGUGCUUCGGGCCCAAGAAAGUGAAGCCGGCUGAGGCAGAGACCGCAGGAGCCAUCAUGGCCUUCUUCCUGUGUCUGGGUCUGGCACUGGGGGCUAUUUUCUCCUUCCUGUUCCGGGCAAUUGUGUGACAAAGGAUGGACAGAAGGACUGCCUGCCUCCCUCCCUGUCUGCCUCCUGCCCCUUCCUUCUGCCAGGGGUGAUCCUGAGUGGUCUGGCGGUUUUUUCUUCCAACUGACUAAUGCUUUCCACGGCGUGUGCUGGGCCCGGAUCUCCAGGCCCUGGGGAGGGAGCCUUUGGACGGACAGUGGGGACAUUGUGGGCUUGGGGCCCAGAGUCGAGGGACGGGGUGUAGCCUCGGCAUCUGCUUGAGUUUAUCCACUCUUGGCUCUGACUGAUCCCUGCUUGUGCAGGCCAGUGGAGGCUGUUGGGCUUGGAGAACACAUGUGUCUCUGUGUAUGUGUCUGUGUGUCUGUGUCCGUGUCUGUCAGACUGUCUUCCUGUCCCGGAGUGGCUAGGAGCUGGGUCUGACCGUUGUAUGGUUUGACCUGAUAUACCCCAUUCUCCCCUGCGCCGCCUCCUCUGUGUUCUCUCCAUGUCCCCCUCCCAGCUCCCCAUGCCCAGUUCCUACCCAUCAUGCACCCUGUAUAGUUGCCACGUUACUGCCUUUUUAAAAAAUAUAUUUGACAGAAACCAGGUGCCUUCAGAGGCUCUCUGAUUUAAAUAAACCUUUCUUGUUUUUUUC